UUUCUUUUUAUUGAAAUACGUGUGGGACGAAUUUGACUGGUGCGCCCAUGACGUCAAUGGGAACAAUAGUUAUAGUACGUGUUACGCGUGUCAAAUUGCCGCCCGAUGUGUUAUUGAACAACUCGUCAAUUAACAGCGAUAGGUUGUUUGAUUUUUAUUAGUCAUACGCAGAGAUUUGGCAGUGACAAUGUAUUUUCUAAAUGCAUCUUUCUCUCUUUUAUAAUUUUUCAUUUAUCAAUUUGUUUUAAAACGAUCAGGGGAAAGGUGGUAGUAGUAACAUGAUGGAGAACAAAAGUAAACAAUUUCCCAUAAGAAAUAUGUUUCUUUCAGUGUAGUUACACUUAGAGGAUGUGAAGUAAUUUGUAAUUUACUGUUAAGAUCUCUCGCGUAGGAGGUCAGGGUCGUGGUAAAGCUGAAAAGCAAAUAUCUCUCCCUCCUGAGUGACUGUCGUAUCGAUGAAAAACACGAUGCAAGGAUGGAGUCCAUAGGCGCGCGUGGUAUUUCCGUUUGAUCUUUGCAAAGAAAACAAAACCGUGGUCGCAGGAUAAAAGGCAAGAAUGGCGAACACGGCUCAUCUGGUCCGUCGGCAAAGCUCUCGCGAUUUGAAGCCCCAAAAAAGCGUGGACAAGCUCGAAAUGAAAGAAAUGAGAGGGAGAUUAGUGGUUGAUAAUAGGAAGAACAUCACCACUGCCAAUUAUGGGGCCACGAACGCAGCCUUUGAGGACUCCAGUCCUAAUACGAAGAACAAAACGGGGAAUGGGGGCGGGGUUAGUAAGCUCGGAAGUAACGAAGGAAAAGCAAUCUUUCGACCGGAAGCUGGGGAAGACGAGAGGGAAAAUUGGGAUAGUAAGCUCACUUUUCUAUUAGCAACCGUUGGAUAUGCUGUUGGACUCGGAAACGUAUGGAGAUUUCCAUAUCUCGCUCAGAAAAAUGGUGGAGGUGCAUUUUUAAUCCCGUACUUCGUAAUGUUGGCUAUCGAGGGUAUUCCCAUAUUCUAUUUAGAAUUGGCGAUUGGCCAGAGAUUACGAAAGGGUGCUAUUGGUGUGUGGAAUCAGGUUUCUCCGUACAUGGGUGGUAUCGGAAUAAGCAGCGCUGUAGUAUCCUUCAAUGUAGCUCUUUAUUACAACACUAUUAUCGCUUGGUGCCUCUUUUACUUUGUCCAAAGUUUCCAAUCACAGCUACCAUGGGCAGAGUGUCCCAACAUCUACUUUCAGAAUGGAUCGUACGCACCCGAGCCAGAGUGUGUGGUAAGCAGUCCCACGCAGUACUUCUGGUAUCGAACGACUUUGAUGAUCUCCGAUGACAUUAAUACUCCAGAGUUAUUCAAUUGGAAGAUCGCAUUGGCGUUAGUUAUCGCCUGGAUUCUCGUUUACAUGUGCAUGAUCAAGGGUAUCGCGUCUUCAGGGAAGGUUGUGUACGUGACUGCCACAUUUCCGUAUAUAGUUUUAAUUAUUUUCUUCUUUCGCGGUGUUACUUUAAAGGGAAUGUCUGACGGUCUGCGACAUCUUUUUACUCCAAAGUGGUGGAAGUUAACCGAUCCUGUGGUCUGGUUAGAAGCGGGCACACAAAUAUUCUUUUCCCUUGGUUUGGCGUUUGGCGGUCUGAUCGCAUUUUCUUCUUACAACCCCGUAAAUAAUAAUUGUUAUCGAGAUGCCAUUAUGGUUAGUUUGACAAAUUGUUUCACUUCUAUGUUCGCUGGGAUCGUGGUAUUCUCUAUCAUCGGGUUCAAAGCUACCUUGGUUUACGAACGUUGUUUAUCAGAAAGAAAUUCUACUCUAAUGAACAUUUUUGGUCAGAUUGAUAAAAUUCCAGACGAUAUACCAAUCAGUGGAACACUCUUAAAUAUCACCACAGGGAAUGGAACGUUGGACAAUUUAAUCAUGCCAGAAUUACCUGAAUGUGAUCUUCAAAAAGAAUUAGAUAAUUCAGCAUCAGGUACAGGCUUAGCGUUUAUCAUAUUCACGGAAGCAAUCAAUCAAUUUCCGGGUGCCCAAUUUUGGUCCGUGUUAUUCUUCCUGAUGUUGUUCACAUUGGGCAUUGAUUCACAGUUUGGUACCCUCGAGGGUGUAGUCACGAGUAUCGUGGACAUGAAAUUAUUUCCCAACCUUCGAAAAGAGAUCCUUACAGGUGGUAUUUGUUUGGUUUGUUGCGUGAUUUCAAUGGCAUUCGCCCAUGGUGCUGGUAGCUAUGUUUUUGUACUGUUCGACAAUUUCAGUGGAAACUUUCCUCUGCUGAUUAUCGCCUUCUUCGAAUGCAUCGCAGUAUCAUACGUGUACGGUCUAAAGAGAUUCGCCGAUGAUAUCGAACUGAUGACUGGCAACCGUCCAGGCCUUUAUUGGCUAAUCUGUUGGAAAUAUCUCAGUCCGUUAGCCAUGCUGAGCAUUUUAGUUGCCUCGGUCGUGGAAAUCCUUGUCGAUGGAAGUGGUUAUCCAGCUUGGGUUGCCAGCAAAGGUAUCACAGAGAAGCACGAGUGGCCCAUGUGGUCCAUUGGUCUCAUUGGUCUUCUUAUUCUUGCCUCUGUUCUUUGGAUUCCUGCAGUUGCUAUUUGCAGACUUUUUGGAAUACUGAUAAUCGAGGAUAACGAGAAGGCCUGGUUCCCCGCGGCCGAUUUGAAAGAAUUCCAUGGGAUCGUGCCCCAUGAAGUAACACCAGCCGAAACUUUGUUAUUCUGUAUAAGAAGCGACGGGUCAGAGGGUUUGUGUUGCCCGACCGGUGGUCCCAGCGACGACGACGAGGAUCUCACCUAGGAAUGGUUAUCCACGUGCAUGUUGGAUUAACAUGUGUUUAAAUGGUUCAAAGACCGAGAAACAGCAUUUUUUUACCCGAUAUCAACGUUGAUGAUUAAUUAUAAAUUUCAUUCCUUGCCUCGGUUUAAUAUUGAUACUUGACGAUAUCCUUCCUCUUUGUUUUUUAGCGUAUUACAAGGGGGUACCGUGUCAAUUACUCUAAAUAUGACAUUUAUAUAAUUCAGUCUAUAUUUAAGAUUUAACGACCUUUUUCAUAGACGGUGUUUCAUAAAUAAGAGAAUCUAGGACAUGGUUAGAUUGAAAACUAAGCAAAGUACAGAUAAAUUUGGAAGUAUUAAAAUCACUAAGGGUUGUUUUUCGUUUAUAGACGUGUCUCUCUGCUGUGUUUCGAGUCUCUGAAUCAUUUAACGAUGAUAAACAUGUCAAUACUCAUUCAGAAGGUAAGUCUGAAUAAUAAUAUGAAAAGAAAUAAAUGAAGGGGAUAGAAAAGGUAAUAAGAAACUGGAAGUUUUACUUAAAGAAAAAAAUAAAAUUCAAGUUGAAUUUGCAGUUUCUUGAUUUAUACAAAUAUAGAUACAUCUCAGUUAUUGAAUUUUAUAGUUUAAUUCAAUUUGUUCUUCAUGCUGGUUAUAUCAUAUUAAAGAAAUUUAUGAAACAAAGUUAUAAUUGAGAUAAAAGGAACUAGAGGCUAUUGGAAGUUGAAUAAUAUUAAAAUAUUUAAAUACUAAAAAUAAAACGAAAAAGGUAUACGUGUAAAAUAUUAUAAAGGGGAAGUUAUCAUUUUAUCAUUUUACACUGUUCAGAUGUUAUCUUUUUUCAGUUUCAAAAAUUGAAAUGGCUAAUUUUAAAAGAAUUAUUAUUUUAUGAAUUCGUAGGUAUAGAUUACGAUUGAGGGUGCUCGGGGGUUAAUUCUUUAUUCUGAUCAUAUCAUUGUGUGUUACCUUUUAUGAAUUCAUACAAGCUAUAUUCGAAAAUUUCAAUAAGUAUGGAAGAAAGAAGGUAACCGAGAAUCAUAUCAAAAUCUUGUUCAAGGGAAUGACCAAAUUUGAUGGAUUUUUAUAGUUGAUAUCCCACUGUAGCUGUGUUUUUAAUUGAUAUCAUCAGUUAUUUUAAUGAAACUUCAACAUAUCUCUCUCGUCGAAUUUGUAAGCUUUAUUUCUGUGUAAUCUAUCGAGCAUGGUACUUUUCUGAAGGGAAAAAUGGAAAAACCUGAUUUUCAGUUUGAGAACAAGAUUAACCUACCCCAUGAUUUUAUUUUUUGGACUAAAAUUCAUCCCCUUCUGUACCCCUUCGAAAGAGGAGGUGAGACUCCUCACCAUUCAAAAAUUCCAAGACUCUAAGUUUCUAAGAUUCUAAAUUUUCAAAAUUCUAAAAUUCCAAGAUUGUAAAAUUCUAAAAUUCUGAAAUUCGAAAUUUUCAAAAUUCCAAUUGAAACUCUUUCCCCAGGGAAGACUACUAUGUUCAGUACUGUACAAUGAAGAGUGUUCACAUGGACAGAAAGAUAGAUCAGCACGAUUGGGGUAGCUUUAUCACGAUUGAAAGUAUAUGAUAGCGAUAGAAACGAACAUGAGACGAGCGCAUGUCAAGCGUGUGAGUUUGCUUUUUGCAAUUUUCCCGUGAUUUCGUCAAUAUUCUACGACGAACGUUCGUAGCGUGUAAGGACAAUAAAAAUAAAACAAUGACGAGAAAAUCGUAACGACAAUAAUGCAAUCUAAUCGAUUGAAAUCAAAGGAAUACGACAAUAAUAAGGUCAAUGUAUGCACUGCACUAUCUUGCACAUUCGCAAAGGCCUAUCAAGAAAUUGGUGCGUCGAAGGGAUAGAAUAAAUUUCGUUCUCAUAUAUGUAUAUUUUAUAUGUUAAGUUGAAACUUCAGUUUUUUGCAAUGUUCUACCUAUUUAUAUCGUGCAAUUAAGAUAGGAUACUUUUUAGAAAAAUUUUAUAAUGUUGAGGAAUUGGUUUCUCAACUGAUAUAAAAAAACUUUUCAAAAAUUCUUUCAAAUCAACGUUUGAAAUUGGUCAUUUACGAAAAGGAGAAAACUAAAUCUAUUCCUUCGAUAGGGGAGAAAACUGUUCACUAGCAGAGACUAGAACAGUAGCGAGAUGCGCCUAAUCGCGUCUAUUUGUACUUCGGAUCUCUCUAUUUUGUAUGUGCGCUUUUGGGUAUGGUCUUUAACUCUUUCUAAUAAAUUCUCGAUAUCACAAAUUCUCAUAUACCAUUCCAAUUGAAGCGGUUUGGAAAAGAGAGAGUUGCAGAACUCGCACACAAUACCGAAAAUUAGUCUAUCGUUAUGUAAGAAUGAGCAGAUUAUCUUUAUCUUCGAUUAAGUGAUAGUUGUAUAUUCGUUCUUUUUUUCUGUUUACCAAGAAGGUGCUAAACUACGAUAACAUAAGCGCGAUUUAAUAUACAUAGCCUAUAUACAGGAUGUUUCAUACAAUUAGACCAAACUAUAACUUUAACGUGAUAAAAGAUACAAAAAAAAAAAAUAUUAAUAAGAAUAUUAAUUUCUUGGGGAUAUUCUGAUAGCAUUUUUAUCUAUCUUCUACCGUUUUGAAGCUAUAGCUUGACCCAGUUAUGUGGGACACCUUGUAUAAAUAUCGUUAAUGUACUUGUUAAGAUCCUGUUAUCGAAUUAAUGAUUGCCCCGAAAAUUGUGUUACUCUCAACCGAUUAGUGAUUUACUCGUACUCGCAUAUUAUGAUUAUUCAUAUGAUGUAGCUGUAAAUAAUUGUUGAAGUGUCUUUUAAAAUGUAAACCGACAAUAAGUGGAGGAUGUAAAUCUGCCGCGUGAAACACGAUAAAUUUCCCUUGCGAUGAAUAGUACAAAUAUUUCUUUCACUAUUAUAUGUUUCGCGUGCGUUCUUUCGGAACACGAAACAUACGAAUAUCGAACAAUAAUUCAUUCGAUUGAAUUUUCAGUUUUCAUAUCAUUUUCAAAAUUUCGGGACUCGAAAGACUACGUUAGUGUAUAGAGUGUGCUGAUGUUGUUUAAUGGUUUUCUAUUAAAUUUUCUACUAUAUCGUGUUCCUCCAUGUUUUAACGAUUAUAUGGAACACUUGACAUUUUUAGAACGGAUGUCAUCGCAAUACUUUUACUGCGAUAUCGUUAAACUGAGCAUGGCGUCUUAUGACGUCACUCGGUAGAGACAGGUCUGUCGUCUUAUUACGCCAUCCGCGCCGAAAGCGUUAAUACUUAUUGCUCAGAAUGAUAAAACAAAAUUAAGUAAGCGGUACAAAUACAAAAUGGAGUAACGAUUAUUUGCCCCAUAAAUAAGACAAUAAUUAAUGGACAAUAAUAAAGAGUCUUAAUAAUAAGAUUCUCUUAUUAUAAAUUGUAACAGCGCACUUUAUACAUUUACACGCUAAUUUAAAGUCCGUUGGAUUCAUAUCAAUAUCAGUGGAAUGAACGAAAAAAAAAUGUUAAUGAAACGUAUCAAUAUUACAAGAGAAUACUACGUGCUUAAUCAACGAUAGGAGGAAUGGAAUAUCACUAUUUUCUAAGUUUCGAAUUUGUUCAAUUCUGUUCGUUGUAUUUAUACAUAUCCUACUAAGUUUCGAGAAAAGGUGUGUGAAGUCGUGUCCAUCCAUAUUUAAGAUGCAAUUAAUAGCAUGAAACAAGAGGAUUGUUUAUUCGAAGAGACACGAAUUUAGGCUGUAAAGUUAGUUGUCAGAGAUGAUUCGCGUUAUCAAAGUUUUAUUAACGAUACGUCAGGUAUCAGGUAAUCAACGUCGAUGUAGCUUGCAAUAAUAAAUAAGAAUAUACAGGUGCGGACGAUAGCUAACGUUAUGAUUAUAUAUAAAAAUCUAAUGAGUAUAUAUACACUGAUAUUACGUAUACGUAAACUGUACAUAUAUAUAUUGUUGUCAGUUGAAUGUUAAAAUAAAUACCGUGCGUGGA